AUGGCAGUCGAUAAGCAGCGCGUCAAAGAGAUCCUCGAUGAUAUCGCUCUGCGGUACCGAGGACCUGGCGGUGCCAUCGCAGUCCUCAAAGAUGGCGAAGUCAUCGGGCAACGUGUCUGGGGAUACGCAGACCUCGACCAACUCAUCCCAAUGGAGCCCCAGACCCAAAUGCCCAUCUGCUCGAUCUCGAAGCAGUUUGUUUGCGCAUUGUUGCUUGACCUCCAACGCAACCCGCCUCCAGCGGUAGCCGCCAAGGGCGAUAUCCAGAAGCAGUUCUCCGAGAAACUGGCCGAGCUGUUGCAACCAGACCUCAUCGAGAGGAGUGGCUUGAAACUCGAGCACCUUCAUUCUAUGCAAUCGGGGCUGCGCGACUACUGGGCGAUGACCACCCUUUGGGGCGUGAAGCCAGACGGUGAGUUUCUGAUCGAGAGGGACUGCCCUCCGGCUCUGGCGCGGACCAAGUCAACGCAUUUCGAGCCCGGAGCCGAAUUCUCCUACUGCAACAUCAAUUUCCAUGCUUUGGGCCAAAUCAUCGAGCGGGUGACAGGUGAGCCCCUGGGAAAGCUCCUGAAAGAGCGCAUUCUGGAUCCCGCUGGCAUGGAUACUGCUUUUCUAUGCCCGAAUACAGCGCGCCACCCACCCCCUUGUGUGGGAUACGAAGGCAGCGAGAGUACAGGGUAUGUACCGGCAGUGAACCGGAUGGAAUGGGCUGGUGAUGCCGGGAUAGUGGCUUCGCUGAACGACAUGAUCUCCUACGAGAAGUACCUGGAUCGCCUCUUCGGCACGGAGCAAAGCUGGUAUCGGACCGCCAUUGAGCCAAAGGAAUACUCGGACGGCGCUGCCGCCCCUUAUAACUAUGGGUUGGCCCACGUGAAGCUCGGCGAGGUCGAUACGUAUGGGCAUGGCGGUGCCCUCCGUGGCUACCGAAUCCAUCGCCGCCAUGCUCCCCACGAGCGACUUUCCGCGGUAGUGUUCCUGAACCACGAAGCCGCUGCUGACAGUGCCGUCGCGGAUGCGCUUCGAGGAAUUCUGGAUAUCCCCAAGCCAGCCUACCCAUCAGUGCAGCCAGAUCCGGCAUGGUUUGGCUCUUUCCUGGAUGAAGACAGCCGGUUGACGGUCACAGUCACCAAAGGGUGGAAUGCAGGGGAUCUUACCAUCAACUAUGAGGGCAGUCCUGAAACAAUCAAGCUGGUUGACCCAAAGACUUCCCUGGGCUCUGACAUCACUGCGAGCAUCGAUGGAGACGUUCUGAAAAUGCACCGAGUGUUAGAAAAUCGCAAACUGCACGCGCGUCGCCUUGUCUGGCGUGAGUCAGCGGCGAAGGACGAGUCUCUGAAAGGGACUUACCGAUGCGAGGACGUUGACUCUGUUUUCCAUUGCACGGGUGAGGCAGGGAUGCUGUACGGUGUGUUUGAGGGGUAUCUCGGUCGAGGACUCCCCACCCCCAUGCGAUACCUUGGAGAUGAUGUGUGGGUGGUUACUUGCCCAAGAGGACUAGAUGCACCAGCCCCUGGAGACUGGACUGUGGUCCUGCGGCGAAAUGAGAAUAACGAGGUGACAGGAUUUACGAUUGGAUGCUGGCUAGCUAGGGGUAUGGAUUUUGUCAAGAUUUAG